AUGUACGGCGGGCACUCUGCCUUUUCACAGACUGAACACAACAUAGUGGCUUUCUACCUGAUCACAGCAGGGGUCAUAAGUUUAGCAAGCAACAUUGUGGUGCUGCUUAUAUUUGUUAAGCACCAAGAGCUCCGUAAUGCCACCAACGCCAUUAUCAUCAACCUGGCAUUCACCGACAUUGGUGUCGCCGGCAUUGGCUACCCCAUGUCUGCUGCCUCUGACCUCCAUGGCAGCUGGAAGUUCGGUUUUACUGGCUGUCAGAUAUAUGCAGCAUUAAACAUCUUCUUUGGGAUGGCCAGCAUUGGGCUUCUGACUGUAGUUGCCAUUGACCGAUACCUCACCAUCUGCAGAACUGACAUAGGGCAGAAGAUGACCAGAUUUUCCUACAUUUUAAUGAUUCUGGCUGCCUGGAUCAACGCCCUGUUCUGGUCUUCCAUGCCAGUGGUGGGCUGGGCAGGCUAUGCACCUGAUCCUACUGGUGCCACUUGCACCAUUAACUGGAGGAACAACAAUGCGUCAUUCAUCUCGUAUACCAUGGCUGUGAUAUUUGUAAAUUUUUUGAUUCCCCUGUCCGUGAUGUUCUACUGCUACUACAAUGUGUCUAUGACCAUGAAGAGAUAUUCAGCCACAAACACCCUAGACAACAUAAACAUGGACUGGACAGACCAGAUGGAUGUCACCAAGAUGUCUGUAGUGAUGAUUGUGAUGUUCCUUGUGGCCUGGUCACCUUACUCCAUUGUUUGUCUCUGGGCAUCCCUUGGUGAUCCCAAAACUAUUCCUGCUCCCAUGGCCAUCAUUGCACCCUUAUUUGCCAAGUCCUCAACUUUCUACAACCCCUGCAUUUACGUUAUUGCUAACAAAAAAUUCAGGAGGGCCAUUGUGGGGAUGCUACGAUGUCAGACUCGCCAGCAUAUCACUAUCAAUCAGCAGGUCCCUAUGACAGUCUCCCAGCAGCCCCUGGCAUAG